CCACACCCAAAGUGCUCUCUUUUCUCUCUCUUCUUUGGAAAAGCUGAAAGCUUUGGAUUUUUGGCGACUUAGAUCUCUCCCCCGACGAGAUUUCUUUUGAGAUGCGUGCUCCUUUAGGGCUUUUCUGGCUCCUCCCUUUUAUACCCCUAAACGAGGCCGUUCCUUCUCCCCCUCCCUCUCCCUUGUACGCUUAAUAUUACAGAUCCGGAGAGAGAGAUAUGGCGGAUGGGAGAGAGAGACAAUGUGGGUCGACACUGUUUAGCGCAGAUGAGCUCAGAGAGAUAAGUGGGGUCAAAAUAGGGGGAGAUCACGUGGAAGUUAUGUGUGGUUGUACAAGCCACCGAUAUGGCGAUGCUGUUGGCAGACUUAAGGUUUUCUCUAACGGCGAUCUCGAAAUCACCUGCGAAUGCACUCCCGGCUGCGACGAAGACAAGUUAACUCCGGCUGCGUUCGAGAAGCAUUCGGGGAGAGAGACGGCAAGAAAAUGGAAAAACAACGUGUGGGUGAUCGAAGGUGGCAAGAAGAUUCCUCUUUCAAAGACAGCAUUGCUCAGAUACUACAACAAAGCAUCAUCAAAGAACAACUCAAAUGGUUCAGACAGAUGCAAUGGCACCCAUAGAGAUGAGUUCGUUCAGUGCCGCAGAUGCCGAAAGGAGAGAAGGUUCAGGUUGCGGACCAGAGAAGAGUGCCGUUUGCACCAUGAUGCACUGGCCGAUCCAAAUUGGCAAUGCUCUGAUUUCCCGUAUGACAAGAUAAGGUGCGAGGAGGAGGAAGAGAGAGGGAGCAGGAAAGUGUAUAGAGGAUGCAAGCGUUUGCCGACAUGCAAAGGAUGCACAUCAUGCGUUUGCUUCGGCUGCCAUUUCUGCCGUUUCUCGGACUGCAGCUGCCAGACUUGCCUCGACUUCACGACCAAUUCCUCCAAAGCUUGAGCCUUUGAAACUGAGGGCUUAUUACCUUUUCUUCCUAAUUCUGUGUUUAUGUCCUCUGCUCGUUAUUCUUGAGCUGCUGUUAGGACAGUAAAGAAAGAGAGAGAAAAUGAAAACCAGAUGAGGAAGACAGAGGAUUUUCCUUGAAUCCAUACAAGCCUCUUUUGGAAGAAGAUUA